GGCGCCGCAGAACCAUGUUUGGCAGCAGUCCACAUCACGUCAGUUCUCCAAGUGUGGGAAUCGUACUUCUCACUCAGAGAGAGAGAGAGAGAGAGGAGAGAGAAAACAGAAAACUCCAGCGAUUUCGAAUUCUGGUCAUCGCUGUGUAAACUUUCCCACAAAGUUAUUUCCCCCCCAAAUAAAUAUUCACAAAGUUUGACCCUUUCUCUUCCGUCGUCACUAGAGAAUCUCUCUGCUUCCAGGUUUCCAGACUUCAUCGGUUUCAGAUCGAUCGAUCGAUCAAUUUGGGCUUCAUAGCGUUCCUUCUGCAACCCUCGAGAAAGAUCGUUCCUAUACAGGAGGAAAGAACUAGGGGAGCGAGAGAGAUGGGUAGUCCGAAGAAGAAUCAAGGCAAGGGUCUGUUUGCAGCGAUGACUUCUGGAAUCUCCAUGUUUGGGAAUGCCAUGCAGAGAUCCGUCACAGGAUUGCUGGGUUAUGAGGGGGUGGAAGUAAUUAAUCCAGAGGGGGGCAAAGAUGAUGCAGAAGAGGAAGCUGUGAGAGGAAGAUGGAAGCAGGAGGAUCGGGACAGUUAUUGGAAGAUGAUGCAGAAAUAUAUCGGAUCUGAUGUGACAUCGAUGGUGACGCUUCCGGUCAUUAUAUUUGAGCCAAUGACAAUGCUUCAAAAGAUGGCAGAGUUAAUGGAAUACUCCUACCUUUUAGAUCAGGCAGAUGAAUGUGAGGACCCCUACAUGCGGUUGGUGUAUGCUUCAUCAUGGGCUAUAUCUGUCUAUUAUGCCUACCAACGCACCUGGAAGCCUUUUAACCCCAUCCUGGGUGAAACUUAUGAAAUGGUCAAUCAUGGUGGCAUCACAUUUAUUUCUGAGCAGGUUUGUCAUCAUCCUCCAAUGAGUGCUGGACAUGCUGAAAAUGAGCAUUUUACAUAUGAUGUGACGUCAAAGCUAAAAACGAAAUUCUUAGGAAACUCUCUUGAUGUUUACCCUCUCGGGAGAACACAUGUAACUUUAAAACGAGAUGGGGUAGUCCUCGAUUUGGUUCCCCCUCCCACGAAGGUCAACAAUUUGAUAUUCGGACGAACUUGGGUGGACUCACCCGGGGAAAUGGUGUUGUCAAAUUUGACUACGGGAGAUAAAGUUGUCCUUUACUUUCAACCUUGCGGUUGGUUUGGGGCUGGUCGAUAUGAAGUGGACGGCUACGUAUAUAAUGCGGCUGAGGAACCUAAAGUAUUGAUAACGGGAAAAUGGGAUGAGUCAAUGAGUUAUCAACCAUGUGACAUGGAGGGGGAACCUCUUCCCGGAACUGAACUGAAAGAGGCUUGGCGAAUUGCUGCUGUUCCAGAGAAUGACAAGUUUCAGUACACAUAUUUUGCACAUAAAAUAAACAGCUUUGAAACUGCUCCUAAAAAGUUGUUGGCAUCAGAUUCUCGACUACGUCCUGAUAGAUAUGCACUUGAGAAGGGUGAUCUAUCCAAAUCUGGUGCCGAGAAAAGCAGGCUGGAGGAGACACAGAGAGCUGAAAAGAAGCAGCGAGAAGCAAAAGGCCACCAGUUUAGACCAAGGUGGUUUGAUCUAACUGAUGAAAUCAGGCCCACCCCUUGGGGAGACUUGGAAGUGUAUCAAUACAAUGGUAAAUACACCGAACAUCGGGCUGCUGUGGAUGUGGAUAGCUCCGGAAGCACUGUUGUUGAUGAUGUCACAUCAACGGAGUUCAAUCCGUGGCAAUAUGGUAAUGUUUCUUCAUGACAAUGUGAGCCUACUUGUAUCAGUUGUUUUUGGGUUGUGAUGAUUAUUUGGCAGAACUUUGUCGGUGUGAUGAUUGUUGUUCAUUUGUAACUUUGUAUGUGUCCAUUGUGUUGUAUCCAUUUCGUAUCUGGUAAUAUCUUAGCAAAGCCUAUUCUUGAGAGGAUUUCUUCUUCAUUA